AUUCCGCCAGCUUUGAAUCCAUUGAUUGCCGGUCUCUGUGAAGAUUAGCUGCCAAUCAAGCAGGUUUCCAUUAUUCCUCAGUUCAGUCUGUUAUUAUCGCUCGUGGAGAACGUACUCUGCCGCUAGACAUGGCGCUGUGGCCGCUGCUGCUCCUCAGUCUGGGACUGUGGCUGCUCCUCCGCAAAUGGUCACUGCUACGUGUGGGCAUCAGUUUGCCCGGACCCUGGGCUUUUCCGCUCCUGGGCAAUGCCCAAAUGAUGGGCAAACUAAAGCCGGAAUUCAUCUUUCUUGUUUUCACAGAGCUACGUGAUCGCUUCGGGGCCACCUAUCGCCUCUGGCUGGGUCCCCAGUUGUGGGUCUUCCUCCACUCGGCGGAGGAGACGCGUCAGGCCCUGCACGAUCCCACGCUGCGCAAGGCCGAGACCUUUCUUCAGCUGGAGCCGCUCAUUGGGAAUGGAUUGCUGAUCAGCCACGGUCCCCACUGGACGAGGCAGCGUCGCCUCCUGACCCCAGCCUUCCAGCCGCAAUUACUGCGACAUUUUGCACAGCCUAUAGCCAGGCAUGUGGAUCGCUUGGUCAGCCGACUGGCGGCCACCAAAGGUGCCUGCCUGGAGGUGACGGAUCCGCUGUUUGCCUGCCUUCUCGAUGCUAUAGUGGACACCUCCAUGGCCGCCCAGUUGGAUACUCAACUGGUGGAUCACUCGCCCGUGGUCCAGGCUUUCCAUCGCAGCAGUGAGCUGCUGUUCAAGCGCAUGAUCAAUCCCCUUCUGGCCUCCGAUUGGAUCUUCCAGCGCACUAAACUCUGGCGGGAUCUCAGCGAGCAGUUGCGGAUAAUCCACAGCCUAAUGGACCAGGUGAUUGAGCAGCGAGCCAAGGAGUUGGAGGAACUGGAGGGAGCCCCUGGCAAGGUUCAUAAUCUUCUGGAUACGCUGCUCCUGGCCAGAUUCGAGGAUCAACCGCUGAGCAGAAGGGAAAUACGCGAUGAAGUCAACACUUUUGUCUUUGCGGGCGUGGAUACCACAACAGCGUCCAUGUCAUUUGUUCUGUAUGCCUUGGCCAAAUACCCCGAGACUCAGUCACGUCUCCGGGAGGAGCUGCAGGUGCACCAGCUGCCGAAGGAUGCUGACCUGGACUCCCUCAACGAGCUAGCUUAUUUGGAGGCCUUUAUCAAGGAGGUGCUGCGGCUUUAUACCAUUGUGCCCACCACGGGACGCCAGACAACACGAGCAACCGUCAUCGGCGGGAGGACAUAUUGUGCCGGAAUCACGCUCUGGAUCAAUAUGUACGGACUGGCACACGAUGCAGAUUACUAUCCGGAUCCGUAUGCCUUCAAGCCGGAGCGUUGGCUGGCGAGUGAGGGGUCCUCCCCGCCGCCCGCCUUCAGUUACAUUCCCUUCUCCGGUGGACCGCACGUGUGCAUCGGCCGGCGGUACUCGCUGCUCCUGAUGAAACUGCUCACCGCCCGCCUGGUGACCGAAUUCGAUCUGCGCCUGAGUCCGGAAAACGCGCCGCUCAAAUUGCAGGCCCAAAUGGUGCUGAAAGCUCGCGACGGCAUCAAUGUGUCGUUUGUGAAACGAUAAACGAUAACGAUUAUUGCAAUAUAGACGGAUAUAAUUCACAA